GGCACAUUUGAAAAGUGGCAGUUGAAGUGGAGUUGUGUUUUUCUCACUGAAAGACUAUCCUUUUUCACAUCGGAGAUCUAUAACAACAUAAACACGAUGGAGGAAGAGGAACACACAGACAGGAUGCAGCAACUGGCCAUGCUUCAUCAAAAACUCAACAAAAUAAAGAAGUAUCUGAACGAGGAUGACACAGACAGUUUUAACCAGGUCAUUGGAUCCAACUCGCCUGAAUCAUGCCUUUCCUAUCUGAUGGAUCUGGAGAAGAAGGAGGACCCUCACUUGGAUCCUAAACACCUCACCAGACUCAUUGACUUUUACACAAAAGUGUUCUUCAGUAUGCCACUGGAAAGACACUGUGAGAAUGAGAGCUAUGCACGGAUGUUGGUCAGAUUUGCAGAGCUGAAAGCAAUUCAAGAUGUCGAUAAUGCAGCGGAGAACUUCAAAGUGGCAACAUCUCAUUGCCACAACUUUGCGUUUGUCCACAUUGCACACGCGCAGUUUGAACAUUCUCAGGGUAACACAAAGAUCGGCAUUCAGAUAUUACAGGAUGGUAUUGAAGUUGGAGCCAAACCAAAGGAGCUGCUGGAGGCCACUUUGCAGAGCAUGCAGACAAAAAAAACACACGUUUAUUCAGAGGAUAAGGAAAAUGUACCACUCUUACCAAGCAGUACUGUGCACAGUUCAGUCAAGAAAAGUUCAGAAUUCCAAAAAGGAAGCAGAAUAUCGGAUGGGACAGGUGACCUGCAGCUCUCCAGUAUUUUCAGUUCAGGGAUGGAGUCUUUUGGAGGAUCAUCAGACGAUCAACUGCCAGGCUGGCGGUCCGGAUCUCAGCGGAAGAGAGCCGUUGGCAUGCCGCUCAGAGUUCCUGUGGUACCUUUCUCGAUCCCAGAGACGGAUAACGUGAAUGAUUAUGUAAACCCGAAGCCCUCCAAAAGAAGCGACGGGUCGUAUCCAACCAGCGUGUCCAGACAAACAUCUGGUUCAAAUAUGAACUCAGUGUUCAGGUUCUCGUCCACUAAGAAAAGUACUGCAGAAGUGGACUUGUCUCAUUUCCAACCUCCUGCUGUCAGUCCAGAGGUUUGCAGGAAGGACGACCAGGCCGCUGCAGACUCCACCACUUCACUCCUUCACUCACACAACGCAAAGGACGGCAUGAGAAUGGAAGAUGUAACUUACAAUUUUAAUCAAGUCCUCAACUCUAAUUCUCCGGAGUCGUGUUGGGCGUACCUGGUGAACCUGGAGAAACGAGGCAACCCGCACACAAACGUCAACCUCCUCAACCAGCUGAAGCGAUGCUACUCUAAAGUCUUCUCCAGGAUGCCAGUCAGGCACUACAGCAACAACCCCAGCUACGCACAGAUCCUGGUCAGAUAUGCAGAGCUGGCGGGAAUUGAAGACCCGGAAGAAGCAGAGGACUCUUUCAUUAUGGCUCGAUCAACCUGCAAGACCUUUGCUUUUGUGCACAUCGCACAUGCCCAGUUUGAAGUCAGUCAAGGUAAUCUGAGCAAAGCGGCCUUGAUUCUGCAAAAAGCAGUAGCCCGCCAGGCCAGGCCGGCGGAGCUCCUGGACACCGCCAUGCGGAACCUCAAAGCUGGGGAGAAGCAGCUCCUGCCCACCAAGGAGGAGGACCCGUCCACAGAUUUGCCACCAGCUGCUCCUGUGAGUGUGUCUGCCUGUGUGGGGAACCAGGAGAUGCAGCUCCCCGCUCGCGUCCCCGUGCGCCGCUCAGCCGAACAGCCCAAACCUGCAGGCAAGGAGCCCUUAGCAGAGUGGAAGAUCCCAGCUGCUGUCAGCCGCCAUGUUUCUCCUGAGGAUAAACGGAUAACUCCUCCUUAUCCCAAACCGGUCCCGCUUGUGUCCGAGCCUGUUCCGCCUCAGUCCCACCCUCCUCCCUCCAGAGUGAACCCACAGAGCUUCUGCCAGACCCCCAAAAACUACAGAAACCCUCCUGUCAACAGUUUAAUCACUCCGGUUGUAAAGACAGUUGCUGAGUUGCCGUCCUCGGAAGCGUCGGCACAUCGGAGCGGUCGACCCCUCCAGCAGCAGCAGCCGUGCACGCCUUUGAACCAGUCGGUCUGUUUCCGGACUCCACAGCCUUCCUUCACUGCAUUGUCCAAUGAAUCCAUCACCAUCAAGGGGAAGCAGUUUUUCAUCCUUAAAAUGAUCGGGCGUGGUGGAUCCAGCAAGGUCUACCAGGUCCUCGAUCACAAGAAGCAGCUGUUUGCAGUGAAAUACGUGGACCUGGAGGAGGCCGACGCCCAGACGGUGGAGAGCUACAAAAACGAAAUUGAACAUCUAAACCACCUGCAGCAGUACAGCGAUCAAAUUAUAAAACUCUAUGACUAUGAAAUAACAAACAGCUACAUCUACAUGCUGAUGGAGUGCGGGAACCUGGAUCUGAACACUUGGCUGCGAAACCGUAAAACUGUCAAUCCCCUGGAGAGGAAGUUCUACUGGAAGAACAUGCUGGAGGCCGUCCACACCAUCCACAAACACGGAAUUGUCCACAGUGACCUAAAGCCGGCCAACUUCGUCAUUGUGAACGCGUCUCUGAAGCUGAUCGACUUUGGCAUCGCCAACCGGAUCCAGCCGGACGUCACCAGCAUCAUGAAGGAUUCACAGGUGGGAACUCUGAACUACAUGCCCCCCGAAGCCAUCAAAGACACCUCGUCCCAGGCAGGAAAAGCCCGCUCGAAGAUCAGCCCCAAAGGCGACGUGUGGUCCCUCGGCUGCAUCCUGUACUGCAUGACGUACGGGAAGACGCCGUUCCAGAGCAUCACCAGCCAGAUCACCAAGCUUCACGCCAUUAUCGACGCCUCCCACAGGAUCGAGUUCCCCGACAUCUCGGAGAAGGAUCUGCUGGAUGUGCUGAAGAGGUGCUUGGUACGAAACCCCAGAGAGAGGAUCUCUAUUGCAGAGCUGCUGGAGCAUCCGUACCUGCAGCUGAAGCCACCUGCCUCACCUGAGCCAGAGCGUCCAUCCAACACUGAUCUCAAGAAAAUCCUGACUGACCUGGCAGCCCUCCAGUCCCCCAACAGCAUCAUCCGAGCUGCUAACAAUUUGGCCAAAAUGUGCAGCAGCGGGAAAAGGCUGGACGUUGCAGAGUGUGCAAAGUCAUCGUCUUAAAUUCCUCUGAAAAUACAGCAUAAAUGUUUCUGUUUUUUUUUUUUCCCACUCCGCCUUGUACCGUUUAGCCCUCUCUUAACCACUGAAAUACACUUUUGUAAGAUGUUGAAGCUAGCAAGUCUUUAUUUGUUGUUGCGUUAAAACAAAAUUAAGUCAUUAUACUACAUCUGUUUUAUUACAUUGUGAAAAUAAAUGAAAACUCUGACAUGAUAGCAUAGCAAAAUAAGCCUGUUUGGAUUGUUCACUGUUGAUGUAUGAGAAGCACUCCUGAAAUAGUUUUUAUGGAGAAAAUUUUUGAGUCUAGAACAGAUUUGUGUACUUUAACUAUUUUAUAAGAAUGUUUUAUUUCAUUUCUCAUUAAAACCCAUCUUGGUCAGUAGUGACCACCUUAUUGGAAAGAAUUUUCCUUUGUGGAAUAAAUGACAGAGAUGAGAAGCAUAUAUUUGGUGUUCACAAAAAAAAAAAAAAAACAACCCAAAAAUCUGAUGUCUGCAACGAAAGUGUGUCACUA